AUGGAUUUAAAAAAGCGAAAACAUCACUCACCCUCUGCCCAGUUUGUGGAGCAGCCAUCUAUUGCUGAUCGAUCUCCGAAACCGCCACCUUAUUCAAUAAGGUCCAUCCCAAAAAUAAUCUUAAUUUUAUUAUCGCUUUUAUUUUCUUUUGUCGCUGUAACGUUUGUUUACGUAAUGAUCAAUGGCAAUUUCCACAUUCUUGGCUUCAGAGGGUCGGAGAAGAGUGGCACAAGUACAAAUACCACCAAAUUUCUAUCAACCUUUCAAUAUGUCGAAAUCACGGCUGCAUAUAUGGAUGAGCUUCGAAAGCUUAACACGGUUCUAUUGCCAAUUUCGUAUUCGGACUCGAUGUAUAGGAUCAUUUGCGAAAACACACGAUUCAGCCGAAUGGCGUUGAGAGAGGGGAGGUUUCCCACAGGUUCGAUCACAGCAAGGAUAGAAAGUCCAGCGAUCACUGGCGUCUCGUUUGCCAAGCCAGGCCAGAAUCCGGAAAAACAUGUUUAUAUUAUGACCAUUGGGGUCCUUCCCCUAUAUCGAAGGUUUGGGAUAGGAUCUCACCUCUUGAAGGAACUUGAAGUGGAGGCCAAAACAUUUAAUUCAGAGGGACAUCCAUUUCACCUCACAGCCCUUCUUCUUCACGUCCAAUACAAUAAUACGGCAGCCAUCGAAUUUUAUUCCAGAAACGGAUUCAAGAUGGUCAAAGAUAUUCCAAAUUACUACGUCACCGUGCAGCCUCGAAGAGCUUAUUUGCUUGCCAAAGAAAUUUAA